AUGGAGAUUGCGAGGAGGUUUGCUGAUCAAAGACCUUUUGUGGCGAUGGUAGACACGUACACAACUGUACCAGAUCGACAGUAUUGCUCCGUGUCAGUGGUUUCACUCAGCACUGGCAAAGGAGUUCGACGUUUCGCGUUCGAGGAACCAGUAUGUGGCUUGAACGCAGCAGCUAGAUACCUUGUGGUGUCACUAUCCACACGAUUGGUUGUUCACGAUGUUGUCACACUCACGGAAGUACGCUCGAUUCGAGUCGUCCAGCCGCCGGAAUCUUGCGCUCCAGCCAUUGCACUCAAUCAGCAAUUCAUUGCCUAUGCGGAUUUCAAGCCUAAUCCUGAUAUGCAGAGUUGUGGAGGAAUGUGUGCGGAUGUGGACGAUAUGCCGGCGACCUAUGCGAAUCAAGUGUUCAUUGUUGCAAAGGCCCUUUCUCGUACGGUAACAUCAUCGGUGACUGGUGGAAGUGGAACGAAAGCUGGUGAAGUUCCCAUGGGAAUCGUCACAGUGGGAAUCGCGCUUCCUCCGUUCAGCCGGUCUGGCCAGUGGUGUAGAGGCGCAGGCCGUAUUGCCGCCACGAACAAGGAGCCAGAGCGGGGCUACUCCUUUGUCUCGCCCCAAAUGAGCGCCUCGAGUCUACUCGCCCUUGGUAAGGACUUAGCUCCGUUGGCCUUGACGGCGGUUGGUUCUGGCAGCGGCUCGAAACGACGUGCUAGUGUGGACUUGUCGCGCAUCUCAUUGGCGUUCGCCAGUCGCACAAUGGCAUCUGCCCGCUCGCCGUCGCUUCUCAUCGCAAGCGCUGAUGGAGGCAUAGUAUGUGAGUAUGAGCUGAAUCCUCGAGUGCAAGCUUCGAUGAGCGCUGAAGAUCCGCCUCAGCUUGAUGUUUCACCAACGUCGAUGUGGACUCUACAGAGGACGAAGAACAAUCCGGAUAUGCCACCACCGUUGCAGCAAGGUAGUCCACUGCUGGCAUGGAUUACUGCCUGA